GUAUGAUCGAGUUCCUCUCGCACGAGAUGCAGCGUGCCAAGUUCAACAUGUGGCUGGAUGAAUGGAGAGACUGUGUGACUGAGGAUAUUUUGGAAAGCAACAUCCCGUGCACUUCGGCCAUUGUCUACCACUGGUGCCAGCACGGCUUUGAGGGGUUCGGCCAAUCCAGAGGUGCCACAGACUAUCUGUACCCGAAGGGCCUGGAUUUCAGUCUUACCAAGCAU